AUGAUGCUUUCUCAUUGCCAAUGUAGCCAAAUGGACGGACUGUUGAAGUGGCUGAGGAUGAAGUUGUUCGAACUCCUCGAAGUAUGACCGCAAAGCAGCCACCAGAAGCAGACAAAAAAAAUGAGAAGUCAAAGAAAAAUAAGAAGAAAUCAAAGUCAGAUGCUAAAGCAGUGCAAAACAGUUCACGCCAUGAUGGAAAGGAAGUUGAUGAAGGAGCCUGGGAAACUAAAAUUAGUCACAGAGAGAAACGACAACAGCGUAAACGAGAUAAGGUGCUGACUGAUUCUGGUUCAUUGGAUUCAACUAUCCCUGGGAUAGAAAAUACCAUCACAGUUACCACCGAGCAACUUACAACUGCAUCAUUUCCUGUUGGUUCCAAGAAGAAUAAAGGUGAUUCUCAUCUAAAUGUUCAAGUUAGCAACUUUAAGUCUGGAAAAGGAGAGUCUACACUUCAGGUUUCUUCAGGAUUGAAUGAAAACCUUACUGUCAAUGGAGGAGGCUGGAAUGAAAAGCCUGUAAAGUUCUCCUCACAGAUGAGUGCAGGUGAGGAGAAGUGGAACUCUGUUCCACCUGCUUCUGCAGGCAAGAGGAAAGCAGAGCCUUCUGCUUGGCCCCAAGACACCAGCGACACUAAUGUGAAUGGAAAAGACUGGGGAAGAAAUUGGAGUGACCGUUCAAUAUUUUCUGGCAUUGCUGCUUGGUCUAGUGUGGAUAGGGGAAUGAAUACCUCUGAACAGAAUUCUGCUUCUUUUGCAUCUCUCACACUUAACUCUGCUGUUUCUGGUUCUACUGCUGAGCCAGUUUCUCAGUCUACCACUUCUGAUUAUCAGUGGGAUGUUAGCCGUAAUCAGCCCUAUAUCGAUGAUGAAUGGUCUGGGUUAAAUGGUCUGUCUUCAGCUGAUCCCAGCUCUGAUUGGAAUGCACCCGCAGAAGAGUGGGGGAAUUGGGUCGAUGAAGAAAGAGCUUCACUUCUCAAGUCCCCAGAAUCAGCUCCUGAGGAUCAAAAGGUUUCAGAUGACGAUAAAGAAAGGGGAGAGGGAGCUCUUACAACUGGGAAAUCUAAAAAAAAGAAGAAGAAAAAGAAGAAGCAAGGUGAAGAUAACUCUCUUGCACAGGACACAGAAUUAGAAAAGGAGAUUAGAGAAGAGCUUUCAGUGAAUACCUCUAAAGCCCGUCCAAAACAAGAAAAAGUUUUUUCCUCAAAGACCAUGAGCACUAGUGAUCCACCCGAAGUACUGGUCAAAAAUAGCCAGCCUAUGAAGACGCUUCCACCUGCUGUUCCCACCGAGCCAUCUGUUCCCCCAGCAAAAAGUGAUUCUGACAAGAGCUCUUCCCAAGUGCCACCGAUGCUGCAGGAGACCGAUAAGUCCAAGUCAAGUACCAAGCAAAAUAGUGUGCCUCCUUCACAGACCAAGUCUGAAACUAAUUGGGAAUCUCCCAAACAAAUAAAAAAGAAGAAAAAAGCCAGACGAGAAACGUGAAUUUUUUUCUCCUGAAUUGGACAUGUGUUUGCAAACACUGUCUUGAAGAUUAUGCUGUUUAUGCAAUAAUUUGUGAACAUGUACAGAGUUUUACAUAAAUUUAAACCAAUUUUUAAAACAAAA